AUGGAAAAGUUAAUGCGAUUAACUCAGCACGUUCUGUCCUCAAAUGCGGCCGAGGGCAAGAUUGGUUCCAUCGAGAUGAACUUGUGGCUGGCGCAGUUAGUGGGACUGCCCCUUUUUGGAUUAAAGCCGGAGACACCGCUCCAGAGUUUGAUCAUCAUAUCAUUUGGUGGGCUGGUGCAGUCUGCACUCUUUUGCUAUCUCGGUCUUGAGCUAUACGAUCUGUACCUUAACUGGCAGAACUUGGAUGCACUUACACAGAAUAUUGUGUUGUCCUUAACACAUGCCGUCUAUUGGUUAAAGGUUUUCAACAUUUGCUAUCACUACACCACCCUAAAGGACAUUAUCAACAAAUUCAGAGACAUCACGCGACGGUGUAUUUUAUCCGAGAAACAAAGGGAAACUUUUCAAAGAGCUGAAAUAGAGAGCAAGUCUGCAAUGCUUUUGUACUUCAGUUUAGUCCUGCUUCCAGGCGCAAUGGGAACAGUUUAUAUACUGAUUGCUCCAGAUAAUUUUGCUGGUGAUCGUUUUCCAUAUCGGGCCGCAAUGCCCGAUUUUCUGCCGCCCGUUGUACAAUAUCUGUACAAGGGUCUGGGCGUUGCUGUAGUGGCGUUGGAUAUUACACAAAUUGACUAUAUGAACGUAUCGUGUAUGGUUCAGCUAUGCAUGCAUCUAAAGGUUAUAAACCUGGCCUUUGACGAGCUCCUCCCUACUGACCAGCAGAAGUUGCGUGAGGAUCCUAACAACUGGCUUGUGUCCAUUGUGAAAUAUCACUGCGAAUUAAUUGUCUUACGACAGAAGGUGGAACGCAUCUUCAAUUUGCCCGUCAUGUUGCAAUUUGUCAGCUCUGUGGUAAUUGUGGCAAUGACUGUAUUUCAAGUUCUUGUCAUUGGAGAUGGCUCGACUAGCUCCAUUAUUAUGGAUAUGCUGCUGUGCUGUGUCCUUUGUCAAUUGUUCUUUUAUUGCUGGUUUGGCAACGAGGUCUACGAACAGAGUAUGACGCUGGCCACUUCUGGCUUUGGUUGCAAUUGGUAUUUAUUCGAUACGAAGUUCAGAAAAACUCUGUUGAUAUUCAUGGUAAAUGCUGAGCGUCCAUUUCUGUUUACUGCCGGAGGCUUUAUGGGCUUACAUUUGCCAAGCUUCACAUAUAUAAUAAGCAAGGCAUAUUCCAUUAUGGCUGUUCUCAGGCAAAUGUACAGCAGGCCGUAG